AUGAAUAUCCUCACCAAUCAAGAGUUCAAUGCAGCUAUCGGACAAUUCAAGGGUGUUCUUUUGGAUAAUCUCCAGUCUAUGAUCAAGUUUAAAGUUGUUGCUAUUGAUGUGAAACAUGUGAAUGACGAGAAUUACCUAUUUGCGUGCAUAACCUUUGGCAAUAAUGCAAGAUUAGAAUUCACCAUAUCUUAUGAUAAUUUUUAUCAAGUGCCAAUCUUCUGCUUCAGGAUCUAUAUCGACGAGAGACUUAAUUUUGAUAUUGUUGAAAUUGGUGAAAACCUUAGAGAAUCAUCCAAGUUAAUAUUGAAUAAAGUAGUUGAAAUAUCAAUCACCGACCAUCAUUUAUUAAAUCAACCUUGGUUUCAAAUUCAUCCUUGCGAGACAUUGGACACAUUGCAUACCCAUGUAUCAAGUCAAAAGGAAUUCACAUCAGAGCAAAACUACAAAGACUACGAUUCUUCCAUCGCGUAUUUAUCAUGUUGGUUUGGAUUAUAUGCUCUACCAGCAAUAUUCCCCCAGUUUUCAAUAAGACCAAUUAUGUAUUCUUGA